AUGAAGACAUGUUUGACUCACCCUGAGUAUGGCUACUACACCACCAGAGACCCCUUGGGUCUAAAUGGUAAGAGUGACUUCAUCACAUCUCCUGAAAUCUCCCAAAUGUUUGGUGAAAUGCUUGGAAUAUGGUUCUUUUCAAUCUGGUUGGAUCAGCUCAAACCAUUGGAUAUAAAUUUCGUCGAGUUUGGACCAGGCAAGGGUACUCUAAUAUACGAUCUAAUCAAGACGUUUAACAAGCUAUCUCAAACUACAAAUUUAAAGCUAAAUAUCAAUAUCAUAUUAGUCGAGGCUUCUCCAAUUUUAAGAAAGGAGCAAUGGAAAUUGCUAUCCAAUUCAAUCCACAGAUUAAUUCCUUCUGACGAUAAAAUCGGAUUCACAUCAAAAUCCACUUGGAACAAUAAUAUAAGAUGGAUCGACAAUGAAACUGACUUGGAUGCUGUCUUAUCUAACAAUUCAACAAACUAUAUUAUAGCUCAUGAAUUUUUCGAUGCCUUGCCAAUAAAACAAUUUGAAAAGACUUCUAAUGGCUGGCAUGAGUUAUUGGUCGAUUAUUCCACUGAUGAAAAAAUUAGAAAACUAAAUUUACAAAAUGACGCUUCUUCUUUGCCAAAUAAGACUACUUACAAAUCCUCAGAUCUCGACAAAAAUAAAAACUCUUCUUUAAUUCAAGACUAUCCUUUUUUCCUAACUCUAUCUCCUAAAAAGACUGUUUCCUCAAAUAUUCCAGAAUCAAAUCCUCGUUUUAAUUCCUUUCCAAUUGGCUCAAGAGUCGAAGUAUCAAUUGAAUCUAUAGACCAUGUCAAAAAAAUUUCUCAAUUUAUUAAUUACAAAGGCGCUGCUUUAAUUAUCGAUUACGGUCCUCUUGACACUUGUCCCAUCAAUACUUUGAGAGGAAUUAAAUCUCAUAAACUACUAUCUCCUUUUUAUAAACCUGGUGAGGUCGAUCUAUCUGCUGACGUUGAUUUCCAAAAUCUUAAACAAGUUGUAGCUGAUCAAGUCAAAAGUUUUGGCCCUGUUGAGCAAGCUGAUUUUUUGCAUCAGCUAGGUCUCGGUUAUCGUGCUGACCAGCUAAUUCAUCAUUCAAAAUCUCUUCAGGAAAAGGAAAGGAUUAAAAAAAGCUACCUAAGAUUGACUGAAAACACUGCUGGAAGUAUGGGUAAAUUAUAUAAAUUCCUUGGUCUUUUACCAAAAAAUACCAUUAAAUUGCCUGUAGGCUUUGGUGGCGAUGUAAGUUCUAAUUAG